GCGCCCGGCCUGCAGCACGGAUGCGCCUCCCUCGCAGGCUGGCUGGCUGGCUGGCUGGCAGGUUCCAGUCUAGUGCUGCCGCCCAGCCAGCCCAGCCCAGAACCUGGCAGCCCUGGUACUCCAACUGCCCUCGUGUACCAGCGUACCAGGCCAGCCAGCCAGCCAGCCAGCCAGCCCAGCCCGAGGAAGGCGCUUGACUCCAACCCCGUUGCCGUGUCGGCCGCGUUGGCCGUGUUGUCUUGUCUGUCUCGGGUCGAUCCCAUCUCCAAAUUUCAAAGUCCAGCCACCUCAGAUAGCCGCAGCCAGCACCCUCGACACCGCUCCCUCUUUUGUCAACACGCUAGCCAUCACGACAUCACUGCACAACCCGCCCUGGCCGUCUGCAUCCGUCACCCACUUCCUCACCACUCCCUCAUCCGCUGCUGCUUCCAAGCCCCCCGGCCUGACUCGCACGCGCCGCAAUCAUGUCUUCUAAUCAGUAUGACGCGCAGGCUUCAACCAACUACAAGGAGGCUUUCUCGCUGUUCGACAAGCGCGGCAACGGCCGUGUCACCCUCGACAACCUCGGCGACCUCCUGCGCGCCUGUGGCCAGAACCCUACCAUGACCGAGAUCAAGGACCUGGAGAAGAGCGUCGGCGGUGACUUCGACUUCGAGACUUUCCAGCGCGUGCUGAACCGCCCCGGCGGAUUCCGUGACCCAGGCGAGCCUGAGGAGUACUGCCGCGGCUUCCAGGUCUUCGACAAGGACAUGACGGGCUUCAUCGGCGUCGGCCAGCUCAAGUACAUCCUGACCAACCUGGGCGAGAAGAUGACGGAGGAGGAGGUGGAAGAGCUGCUCAAGGCCGUUGACACCACCUCGGGCGAGGUCAACUACACGGAUCUGGUCCGGACGAUUCUUGCGAACUAGAUGGAACAUUACCGAGUCCAGACGCCGCGGGACGAUGGGCGAACAAGAUGACUGCGCCAUAUGCUGGGAGGGGAGAACAAGGCAUAGGAUGAUAUACUGCAUGGGUUGUCAAGGGACUGGCCGGCGUUUACUGCUUUUGUUGCUGACGAGUGACGAGAUAUGCCUUGAGCAAAACAAACAAACGUCGGGUGCCCUGGGUCGGGUGCCCUGGGUCGGCUGUUGGCCAAAGUGCCCGGAGGAUAGGUACAAUCGAUCAGACAUUUGAGAAUAUGGAGCCUCUUUUUGCUUGUCAG